AUGGCGCCGACCACACUCGCUAAGCUGCGCAGUCUGAAGCGCACAGAGCUUCAGGCCUUGUGCAAGGAACACAACAUCAAGGCGAACGGCAAGACGGACGCGCUCGUUGCUGCUCUUACCGACAAGCUCAGUAUGACGGAGGCGGCGGAAAAUGGGGAGGCUGAAGCCAGCACCUCGAAGGGCAAACCUGGUGACAAGGAGCGUGGAGCGGUGCAGGAGGAGAGGAGCGUCGCCGCAACACCCGCCAAGAAGACGCCACAGAUCGUCUAUGCCACCUCACCCGGAACGAAGGCGACCAUCGCUACUCUCGCCGCCACCGUCAAAGAGCUGCAGUCGCAACUCACGCUCGCCCAGGCGGCCCGGGCCUUGCCCAAGAUUAGCCGCAGCCAGGUCAUCGAGCUCAUCGACUCGAGUAUCGCGGCGCACCGGGAAGAGGUGCAAAAGGAGCUGGAGCAGCAGUUGCAGGAGCUCAAAGAGCAGCAGGCGGCUGUCACAGGCGACGUCGAGGCGAUCGGGACCCGUGUGGGCGGCUUGGAAGCGACCGCGAAUGGGAUGGCUUCCACCUUGGACGAUCAGAAGCAGACUCUUGAAGGCUCCAUCGACGCGCUGCGCCGCGACGUGAUGUCGCGCUUCGACAGCUUCGCGCAGACCCAGCCGACGCUGGCAUCUUCCGCUGAGAAGAUGCCCGUCAACGAGUCGCGACCACGCCAGAUUGCUUUCGCCAGCCCAACUUUGAGCGAUGCCCCUCCCACCGAGACGCUCAUCUCAUUCUCCUCGCCCGUCGCCUCGUUCGCCAAUGCCGACAUCACGCCUCGCCGCCGCCCGAGCGUCACGUCCCGCAAAGCGACUCCCUUCCGUAUUGCGAUUCCAGCUGCCGACGCAGCCGACAGUCCCGCCUUGGCCCUCCCCUCGCACAUGAUCGCCGCUGCCGCCUCUGCCGCUCGCCGCAACCCCCGCCAGCCAGCGUCGACGCCCGGACCCGAGCCGCGGAGCCCCGUCGGUCCCGCUCCUCCGCCCUCGCUCGGCAAGCGCUCCCGCAACAGCGACAUCAGCGACUUGUCAAUCGAAGUCGAGGCGGUCGUCGCUGCUGCCGAGUCGAAGGACACGAACACUUCCCCCGACUACUUGUCCGGCUUCUUCACCGCGCCGACGUCGGCAAAGAAGGAGGACGGACACUCGCGGAAGCGCUUGCGUAUCGUUGAGCCGGAGGAGGACGAAGACGACGAGGUCCUCGACUCGUUUGGCCAGCAGACCAAGGAGAUCCAGGCGUUGGCUACGGAGAAAGGAGAAGACGACGAGUCAGACGAGGAAGAAGUCCGCGAGUAUCUCGUCAAGACCAAGACGGGCGACUCUCCUUCUCCCGUCAAGCAACGCCGCUCGUCGAUCCACGACCCCGACUUUUUCGCCGGCCUUGCUCCGUCGCCUGCCGCUCGUCGCUCCCUCCCGACCGACGUAAGCGAGAACGUCGCGCCUCUCGCUUCGCCUGAACUUGCCAAUGCCACAGCACGCAAGUCGCUCCCGACUCCCUCCCUCGCCUUCCCACUCGUCUCGCCCGGCGCCAAGUCGCACUCCUUCAAGACUUUCGGCACGCCCAGCACGACCAAGACUGCCUCACUCUUCACCACUUCAGACAAAGCGAACUGUUCUCCCGCUCCAUCGACCGCGCUCUUCGGCAGCGCGACCAAGUCCCGCCCGCGCGCACGCUCAUCAACCCUCUCUUUCUCCGCGCGCAAAGGCCGUCCUGCGUCCCUCGCCGCCCCGCCAACUCCGCCUGCCCCGCGCACGUUGUUCGGUACCGAGCGGUUCGAUUUUGGGGAGGAGGCGGUGGGCGAGGCUGAGGAGGGUGCGAGUAGGUUCGGGGAGGGAGUGUUGGAGGGUGAGGCCGUCAGCGUGAGCGGGAGCCCGGUCAAGGGCUGGGGGGCGUUUGCGGCGUGA